GUACUGAUGCCACCACUCCACAUCAAACUGGGUCUUAUAAAGCAAUUCGUCAAAGCUCUCGACAAAAAUUCUUCAGCGUUCAAGUACCUACAAGACUUGUUCCCUAAGCUCUCUGAGGCGAAAGUUACAGCCGGUAUCUUCGUUGGACCACAAAUAAAGAAAAUCUUCGAGUCUGAGGAAUUCCCCAAGAAGCUCACUCGUGUUGAGAAAGCUGCUUGGAUGAGUUUUAUGUCAGUGGUACAGGGAUUCCUAGGCAAUCACAAAGCCGCAAACUACGUGGAGCUGGUCGAAAGUCUGGUGGAGAACUACGGCAAAAUGGGCUGCAGGAUGUCUCUCAAACUCCAUAUUCUGGAUGCACAUCUUGACAAAUUCAAGGAGAACAUGGGAGCAUAUUCAGAGGAGCAAGGCGAGCGCUUCCAUCAGGAUAUAAUGGAAUUUGAGCGGCGAUACCAAGGACAAUACAAUGAGAACAUGAUGGGAGAUUACAUUUGGGGAUUGAAGUUUCCGAGGAAUAUUAGGUGGUUUCCAUACUUUUAAGGCAUAACAGACUAGGAAAUAACAAUUACAUCCCAAGGACUGAGAAAUUUUUUUUUUUUGUUACUUAG